ACAGAUUACAGGAAGUCUGGUGAGACUUGUGCAGGGUAUCUGAGGUUGUGGCCAAAUCCGACCGGCUUAACGUUCUCCCCUUUGCGCCUCUCAAGUUCGAGGCAGAGAUGAUUCGAAGAAUUGCAGUCGCUGUGCUGGCAGUACUGUACACCGCGGCACUCAGUCUCGGCGCUGACCGGGGUCCCUCCAAGUCUCUUGGCUUCCUGGCGGUGGGGGACUGGGGCGGGCUGCCGGUCUCACCGUACACCACGCCGGUGGAGAGAACCACGGCUCACCAGAUGGGUGUUGCGGCAGAGACACUGGGUGCCGAUUUCAUCCUGUCCCUGGGGGACAACUUUUACUUCGAUGGAAUCAAAGACUUGACCGACCGAAGAUUUCAGGAAACGUUUGAAGAUAUAUUUUCUGCCGAAUCGCUGAGGGAUGUGCCGUGGUUUGUCCUGGCUGGGAACCACGAUCAUUCGGGAAACGUCACAGCACAGAUUGCUUAUUCCAACUCUUCCAGACGCUGGAACUUCCCCAACUAUUACUACGAGCUGAAUUUCACACUGGAAGGCACCAAUGUCACCGUGACCAUCCUGAUGCUGGACACCAUCCUGCUCUGCGGAAACUCGGACGACUUCAACGGAGAGCAACCGGAGGCUCCCAGAAAUUCCCGAGCGGCCGAUGCACAGCUGAAGUGGAUCCGGACAAAGCUGGAAAGUUCCAGGGCAGAUUUCCUGAUUGUCGCUGGUCACUAUCCGGUCUGGUCGAUCGCUGAGCACGGACCCACCAAGUGCCUAGUGAAGUAUCUCUACCCUCUCCUCACAAAGUACAGAGUCAGCGCCUAUUUCUGCGGACACGACCACAACCUACAGUUCAUUCAGGACAGCAACGGGAUUGCCUACGUGCUGAGCGGGGCCGGGAACUUCAUGGACGACUCGACGAGGCACAAGCACCGUGUGCCCGAGGGGUGGCUGAAGUUCUCCUACGCGGACAUCGUCUCUCUGGGUGGCUUCGUCCACGUGGAGAUCACUGAGGAGGAGAUGCUCAUCACCUACAUCGCGUCUCUCGGCAAAUCCCUCUUCCGGGCCAGCGUCCCCAAACGCCCUCACAAAUAACAAGGCAGACUCUCCCCGGCAGUGGUGAUCACACACGAUGGCUUUAGCUUCACGAUCCACGCUUUGUCGCACUCGACUGCUGAGAGGCGACACCUUUGCAGAACAAAGCCCCUCCAGGGGAAUGAAUUUUGCUUGGAACCCGCGUCAGGUCUUAAUCGUUGAGAGCUUCCCAGCGGAGGGAGGGGCGGGCGGGAGCUGGGAGCAAGCCCGAAGCGAUAAAAGAGCGAUGAAAUCUGCCCGUCCGUCCGCCCCGGAACCGCGAGCACCACCGGAUUCCCGGAGAGCGCGGGCGGACCCCCCGGCCCCCUCCAGCCCGGACGUCUGCACGGAGCGCUUCGCGGGAUGUUCGACCUUUAGCGACUUUGCCGGGGGUCCGGGGGCGACGCUGUAGCCUCUUUGUAACAAUAAUAAUAAUAAUUUUUGCAU